GGAGCGUCAAGCUGACGCGGGCGGUUGCAGUUUAUAGUUCGCACAUCGAGCUGCGUAUCAUUUGGUGCUGUCGGUAGUGAUCACGUUUGACCCGGAUGUGUGUGUUGUGGGAGCUUCAACGUGUGUUGGUUGUGAGCGGUUAAUAUUCAGGCACAGGGUUGGGAGGGAAGCACCAUGGGCAAAAAAGGCAAAAAGGACAAGAAAGGAAAGGGAGUUGAAAAAAACGCGACUAAAAUGGAGAAAAAGAUCUCCAAACAGUCGAAGAGAGAGGAGGAAGAUCUAGAAACAUUAAUAGCUGAAUUCAGGCAACUCGAUGCAAAGAAGACUCAAGUAACGGAGGUGGCGUGUUCUUUUCCUUUGCCACGGUUGAAUGCAUCUUUGUCAUCUUACCCUGAGAAAGAUGAAUUGAUUCUCUUUGGGGGUGAAUAUUUCAAUGGCCAAAAGACUUUUCUCUACAAUGAACUAUAUUUGUACAACAUCAAGAGGAAUGCAUGGACGAAACUGGAAAUCCCAAAUCCGCCAGCUCCACGCUCUGCCCAUCAGGCUGUGGUUAUUCCUCAAGCAGAUGGACAACUUUGGGUGUUUGGAGGAGAAUUUGCAUCUCCAAAUGGUGAACAGUUUUACCAUUAUAAGGAUCUUUGGGUGCUGCAUCUUGCCAACAGGACAUGGGAACAAAUCAAGGUGACAGGUGGACCAUCAGCUAGAAGUGGACAUCGAAUGGCUGUUUGUAAGAGACAGAUCUUAGUGUUUGGUGGAUUCCAUGAAAGUACAAGGGAUUUUGUAUAUUAUAAUGAUGUUUAUUCCUUUAACCUGGAUACAUUUACAUGGACAAAGUUGUUUCCAUCUGGAACUGGUCCAUGCCCUCGUUCAGGCUGUCAAAUGGCUUCCACGCUUGAUGGCAACGUAGUAAUUUAUGGAGGUUAUUCAAAGCAGCGAGUGAAGAAAGAUGUAGAAAAGGGCAUUGUAUAUACCGAUAUGUUUCUUCUGAAGAAUGAGGGGAAAGAAGGUGAAGACAAAUGGACCUGGGUUCGCUUGAACCCAACAGGUAUAAAGCCUUCGCCACGAUCAGGAGCCUCGCUAGCUGUUGCUCCCAACAAUCGCAUGGUUCUUUUUGGUGGGGUGCAUGAUGAAGAGGAAGAAGAGGACAUUCAAGGAGAGUUUUUUAAUGACAUUUAUUUAUAUGAUAUGGUAAAGAAUCGCUGGUUUGCUGGGAAGUUAAAGGAACGCAAAGGAGAGAAAAGAAAACGAAGACGUGGAACUAAAGAGGAAGGAGGUGUCAAAGUGGAAAAUGAAAGUCCCAAGUCCAGGAGUUCAACAGAAAUUGUGAAGGAAGUUGUGACUGAAGAUGGUACUGUCAUGACUGUAAAGCAGGUUAUGAACAGCUCUGAUAGCAAACCAAUUACAGGAAGUGAGAUGGAAGAGGAGGAGGAAGAGGAGGAGGAUUCUGAAACAAGUCCGUUCAUUAAACCAUGUCCUCGGUCCAAUGCCAUGGCAGCUAUUAAACAUGGUGUAUUGUAUAUCUAUGGUGGAAUGUUUGAAGUGGGAGACAGACAGUUUACUUUAAAUGACCUUUAUUGCAUUGACCUACACAAGAUGGAUGAAUGGAAAGUUUUGGUAGAAACUGAUCCAAAGACCCAGGAAUGGCUGGACGAAGAGGAGUCAGAGGGUGAAGAAGAGUGUGGAGGAGCUGCAGGAGGGGAAGAUGAAGAAGAUGAGGAAGAGGAUGAUGACAGCAGUGAAGAUGAAGGAGAUGACCAUCCUGCGGUGCAGCCACCCGAAUCUUAUUCGGAAUAUUUGUCACGCACAGAGACUUACUGGAUUAAACUCGCCAAGGAUAAUAUGGGCCAGAAUGCCAAAGAGAAAAAAACUUUGAAGGUGGCACAGGCAAUGGCAAAGACUUUUUAUGAUAAUAAUGUAUGAUGGUCAGAAGUUAUGCAGAACUGAACCAUGGUAAAUUUAAUUUGUUAACAGGCUAUAAUUAUUGCCUUUGAGCUCAGCAGCAAACUACAGAGUUUAUUGUUCAUUUAAUUAAUUGUAGCUGCUUUAUCUUUUACAGAGUUUAUUGUUCAUUUAAUUAAUUGUAGCUGCUUUAUCUUUUCCUCCACUAAGUUUUAAACCUAAUUUCAAACAGAUUGAACAUAUUACCUUUGCUGUAAUUUUUUUCUGAAUCCUGUAUUACACCAGAGUUAUUAGCUUUAGUUUUUCGACAAUCCAUUAUUUACCAUGAUUGUAUUGCUUUGUUAAUGUUUUACAUUUAAAUACAUUGUUUUUUCCUAAAUUCUUAACUCCAAUGGGAAGGUAUCUGUGUUUCUCCUCUUCACCUACUGUGAUAUAAAAAGAAAGGGAAAAAUAAUCUCUUACUAUCAAAUUUAUUGAUUUGCAGGUGUAUAUUCUAAUAAGUCUGAAGCUAAUGUUAAGCAGUAAAUGGAAAAUAAUGUGUAUUGUUUGCACUACAGAAGUUAAAAGCAAAGAAAUCAACAUGAAAAGUAAAUUGGUUGCUUAAGACUGAAAUUCACUGCAAAAGCUGUUAUGAUUUAUGCUUUCCCUGGAUUUCUUUUCCCUGAUUCAAAGGCCACUUCCACACAAAUGAUCACUUAUACAUUGAAUCCAAGCAUGAGAUUAUUAUGAAGUUAUCAGAGAAAUACCAUAUCUGGAUAUUAAAUAAAGCCUUAUGUUUAUGAUAGGAUCAUUGAAUAUAGACAAAGAAUCUUGUGCUCUAGAUCAUUUUUAUAAGCAAAUGAAGCAGAAUGAUCACAGAUCAGAGUAUAAACUGAAGCUUGUCUAUUAGCAUAUAGUUAAUGAAUAGAAUGUAACAAAAAGGAAUGUUGGGGAGCAUUUUAACCUUUAAGUGUGGAUGCGAUUCAAAAGGAUCUUAAAUUCUAUGAAAACAGUAACUGAGUCAGAAAUGUGAUGCAAACCUGUGAACUUCUAGGUUUAAUCAGGGAAUCCCAUUGGAGAAGCAGGCUUGGUAAUUUAAAUUUCUCAGUCAUUUGAAUGACUUUAAUUGCAAUUUUUGUAUUUAGUCCAGAGCAUGUGGUUUCCCAAGCUCUUUGGAAGUCCUGGUGUUAUAAGGAUAUUAGAUGAAGCCUGAAAAGCUGACAAUUUGAUCCUUCAAUAAAUUUGAGGAUCAAUGCCAACGUUGUUGUCUAAUAUCUACAUUUUUGUACUUGCCCACUGCAGUUAAC